CGAUUUGAGCCGUUCUCUAAGCAAACAGCUAUCGUACCAACCCGGAGUGACCGACUUUAUUGUCUGUCAUCUCUUUCAAAGAUGAAGUUUCAGUACAAAGAGGAGCAUCCCUUUGAGAAAAGGCGGUCCGAGGGCGAGAAAAUAAGGAAGAAGUACCCGGACAGGGUUCCUGUAAUUGUGGAGAAAGCUCCUAAAGCCAGAAUAGGAGAUCUGGACAAGAAGAAAUACCUUGUCCCAUCCGAUUUGACAGUGGGCCAGUUUUACUUCCUCAUCCGGAAAAGAAUCCACUUGCGGGCCGAGGAUGCUCUCUUCUUCUUUGUAAACAACGUCAUUCCACCCACCUCAGCUACCAUGGGACUGUUGAGCACCAUGAAGAGGACUUUUUCCUCUACAUUGCUUACAGUGAUGAGAGCGUGUAUGGGAACAGCCAAAGGGAAAUACUACAGUUGGAACUCUCUGGCCCCCCCACUGCCUGUCACCAUGCCCGCCCUGUUGGAGAGACCCAAGCUGUCCAACGCAAUGGCCAGAGCUCUGCACAAGCACAUCAUGAGGGAGAGGGAGCGCAAGAGACAAGAGGAAGAGGAAGUGGACAAAAUGAUGGAGCAAAAAUUGAAAGAAGAGGAGGAGAGGAAGAGGACAAAAGAAAUAGAGGAGAGGAUGUCAUUAGAGGAAACCAAAGAACAGGUCAUGAAGAUGGGGGAAAAACUGCAGGGGCUCCAAGAAGAGAAACACCAGCUUUUUCUGCAGCUCAAAAAAGUCCUUCACGAGGAGGAAAAGCGGCGGAGAAAGGAGCAGAGUGAUAUCACAACACUGACAUCAGCCAGUUAUCAGACCAGUCUGCCCAUGCAUGCCGGACAGCACCUCCUCAGUAUUCAAGGCAGUCCAGUCAGCCACAGUCGACCUGGCGCUCUGCUUGGAGAGCGGAGCAAACAGCUUUUCCCAACCGCUGUGAUCCCUGCCCGUCAUUAUCAGACGGCCGGAUUCAGCUCCGGCUCCGCAGAGCACGGGCAGUUCAGCGGAGGCCAGGGGGUCCACGAGCCCUACGGGGUGGCUCAGGCCCAGCAUCCCUCCAGCUACCCGGCGGGGCCUUCCGUACCCGUCAGUUUUGCCAGCAGCUCUCAGAUCAGAGGUGCGUCCGCAUUUCAGGCGAUGCAAUACCUCCCCCACCAGCAGGCCGGUUACCCCGUCCAUGGUCACUUCACGUCCCAGCCAGGCUACAUCCCCGGAGCAUCAAUCCCGCUGCAGAAGCAGCUGGAACACGCCAACCAGCAGUCCGGCUUCACUGACGCAGGCGGUUUGAGGCCCAUGCAUCCCUCUGCCAUGCAUCCUUCUGCUCCAGGCCUGCUGCCCACACCCAUGGUCCAGAUCCCUACUGCCAAGGCCCCUUUCCAGAGCUCCCCGCAGGGCGCCCCUCGUCAUAGCUUCCUCCCCCACAGCCAGAGUGGCCAGAGGUUCUACCACCAUGGCAAGUAGCUCACAGCCACGUUCCAGCUGGGCCUCGCUACAGACGUGUAACGUACUGAGAUUUCGGGAGAAACAAAGAUUGUCCUCGAUUAUGCCAUGUUCGUUGAUCGUUGUGCCCCUGUACAGGACAUUUUUAAUUGAACUUUGUGUUAACUUUGUCAUCAAAGUUGUGCUUCUUGUGAGCAUUAAACUCAAUGUUUUCCACAACUACACGAAUUUUACUUUUUUUUUUCUGUAAAAAAACCCCAACUUGUUUAACGUCGGCCUGCAUGGACUGCGGCCAGCUCCUUCAUUCUGCAGUGACUCAUUUCAAAAUCCAGAAUAGGGGAACCCUCUCUGAGCGUGUACCGUACAUGGAUUCAAUCUGUACGUUUCCAGUCGCACACAAACGGGUUUAAGAACUUUCUUAAGCAGGAGUAAUUUAACAUGCUGCUGACGUCUGGUUAAUCAUGUGAGCUCAUUAGGUUUAGUUACCAAAAAUCCAUAUUUACCAACGCCUUUGCAGGACAAAAUACAUUUUUAAAAAGCUAUUCUAAUUUGAAGCAUUUGCUAAAAUGUUGCUUAAUAAAAUAAAUAAAAAA